AUGCGUAUGCCUGGCCUUGAAUCGGACCAGCAAGACCAAACCGUGAAGAGAAAACCUCAAAUCGACCUCAAGACCUCAAGCUCUGUAGGUGAUCAUUUGCCUCUCCUGCAGAAUUCAUGGCGCAGGGGUUUAACUACUAAACCCUUCCGCCUGACCUUACCGGAUCUCCUGCAAAACAACUCAACCUGGCCGAUUGAGAUAUUGGUCUGUGCGGACAACGACGACGCUAGAGUGAAAGAGCUGGUCAAGGAUGUGGCGAAAGGUAUGAAAAACGGCGCAACGCCCACACCUGUGGAAAGAGGGAGUGGAGGUGUCUACGUCUGCAGGAAUAAGUCCGGUGAUAGGGUUGCAGUUUUGAAGCCAGCUGAUGAGGAGCCAUUUGCACCCAACAACCCAAAAGGUUUUGUUGGGAAAACCAUCGGCCAGCCAGGUAUCAGAAACUCUGUGCGCAUCGGCGAGAUGAACUUCAGGGAGGUCGCUGCUUACCUUUUGGAUCACGAAAACUUCGCAAAUGUUCCUCCGACGGCGCUUGUGAAGAUCAUACACUCGGCGUUUCGUGUCAAUGAUGGCAGGAAACCAAAACUUCUCAGCAAGAUUGCUUCGCUCCAGCAGUUCAUUCCCCACGAUUUCGAUGCCAGCGAGUAUGGAUCGUCCACCUUUCCCGUUGCGGCGGUACACAGAAUUGGGAUACUCGACGUCAGGAUCUUCAACACAGACAGGCAUGCUGGAAAUUUGCUGGUGAGGAAGGUCGAGGAUGGGGUUGGCAGGUUUGGAGAAAGAACACAACUUAUCCCCAUAGAUCAUGGUCUUUCCUUGCCAGAGGGCUUGGAGGAUCCCUAUUUCGAGUGGAUCAACUGGCCACAGUCAUCGAUUCCGUUUUCCGAGGAUGAGUUAGAGUAUAUAUCCGAUCUCGAUCCUGUGAAAGACUGUGAGAUGCUUCGGAGGGAGCUUCCGAUGAUUCGAGAAGCCUGCCUCCGAGUUCUGGUCUUGUGCACGAUUUUCCUCAAGCAAGCAGCAGCUUUUGGGCUCUGCCUAUCUGACAUCGGCGAGAUGAUGAGCAGAGACUUCAGCGUAUUGCAAGAAGGGCUGAUCAGUGAGUUUGAGGGCGUCUGUGUGAAGGCAUGGCGGCAAGCUACUGAUGGAGCGGCGUUUUUUUCUCCAAAAGCCACGGUCCAAGAGUUGGAAGAAGACUUCCAGUUUCACAUGGAAUAUAGUCCAGGUUUGUCAACGUUGGUGGAGGAAAGCCACGAGGAGAAUGAAGAAAGCACCACGGCAGAUGCGAAAGCACUCUUCUCUGAUGAGCAGGAUGACUUCCCAUUGGGUGCCAACUCUUCUGCACCUCCGAAGACCAACUGGUUCCGUGUAAAAAAACAGAGCAAGAAUGCUGUUACUGGAAAGCCAAUCGAUGAGCGCGAGGGGAACAGUGGCACAGAUAUAAGCGAUGUGAGGCUGGCUAACAUGGGUGGAGAAGAAUGGCAGGAUUUCCUCGAGCACUUCCAGGACCUGUUGCCGAUUGCUCUCGAUGCUCGCAAAACUUUGGCUGCUCAAAAGCACAAGCCAAGGCUGGGCACCUCUUGCAAUUUUUGA